UGCUGAAGGAGAUCAGAGUGGUGUCAACAAUGUCAUAAAAGGCAGCCGGGUAUAUGGGGAAUAUUUACAGUUGAACAAGGUUCUAGAUGCCCAGGACUUGGAAAGCAGUAAAGCAGGGAAGCCAGUCCAUGAUGAACAUCUCUUCAUAAUAACGCAUCAAGCAUAUGAACUAUGGUUCAAGCAGACAAUAUGGUGUUAUUUUUGUAUGAUUGUAGCAUAUGAACUAUGGUUUAAGCAGAUAAUACUGGAGGUGGAUUCAGUGAGGCAAAUGUUUGCAGCAUCUGUUUUAGAUGAGAGGCACACAUUACGAAUAAUAAGCAGGUUCAACAGGAUCGUUCUGAUAUUGAAUUUGCUUGUUGAUCAGUUUGCCAUCCUGGAGACAAUGACUCCUUUAGAUUUCAUGGAGUUCAGAGGAUACUUAGCACCAGCCAGUGGCUUCCAGAGUCUCCAGUUCAGAUUGCUUGAGAACAAACUUGGAAUAAAGCAGGAGAACAGAGUGAGAUACAACCAACAGCACUAUAUGGAGGUUUUUCACGAUGACCCAUCUGUUCAAGCCCUGAAAGACUCCAUAUCAAGUCCCUCUCUAUUUGACCUUGUGCAGAGCUGGCUAUCAAGGACACCUGGUCUUGAAUUGGAAGGUUUCAACUUCUGGGAAAAGUUUGAACAAGCAGCUAAUUGGUGGCUAGAUGAGGAGUUUUACCAAUCAGUCCAGGGGGCUUCAGAUCCUGAUCUUAAGAAGAGUAUGAUGGACGGAUACUGGAAGAAAAAGGAAACAUUUGAGUCCAUCUUUAAUGAGGAGCUCUAUGAGAUGGCCAUAAAGCGUGGUGAACGUCGCCUCUCCCACAAGGCAUUCCAGGGUGCAAUGAUGAUAUUCCUGUAUCGCGAUGAGCCUCGUUUUCACCAACCGUCUCAAUUGCUAUCUUUACUGAUGGACAUUGACUCCCUACUGACCAAGUGGAGGUAUAAUCAUGUGAUGAUGGUUCAAAGAAUGUUGGGAAGCAAAAUGGGCACAGGAGGUUCAUCAGGGUACCAAUACCUUCGCAGUACCAUCAGUGACCGUUACAAAGUUUUCCUAGACUUGUUCAACCUAUCGACGUAUCUGAUACCACUUAACUACGUACCGCCACUGACCUUCAAUAUGAAAACGAGGCUUUUCAUAGCGACAGACAAUAUUGCAGAUCUGAUCAACAAUUUCGAUCUUGAGAGCGAGGCUAAAUCAGAGGGAAAACAAAAACCAGGUGGGGCGACUUCGCGAUCAAGUACGUCAAGUUUAUCAGCUGAAAGCAUGGCAUCUCAAUCUUCUGAGGAUCUGUCAGGCUGAGAUAGAAUCUAUGUGGAAUAUACCUGACAUGCCUAGGUCCUAAGAUACGGGUCAUACUCAUAAUCUAGGCCUACAACUUCAAUUGAUGGACUUGCUACAUAUAUAAAAUAUCUUUAUGGCUCAGCGUUAAAACUUCAGACUUGAAACCGGAAGAUCCUGGGUUCGAUUCUCGCACCGGACAUUUAAUUUAACACACUCUCGUUCAUAUCUGUAUUUGACUUGUUAAGUUACAGCUUCCCAGAGGCGCCUUCUGUGAACAUUUUUGACCAACACUGUAUAACUUGGCACUUGACAAAUUACUGCCUACGAUAUUGUCACACUCCAG